AUGGAACAACCAUCAAUCAACGUUACUGCAACUCAAUCUGUUGACUAUCUUGGACAUACUCAUGACUGGUCUGAAACUGAUAUUAUUUACUCAUACAAAGAAGUUUGUCGACAACUUGAUGCCUGUCGUAAAAAGUGCGGUGAAGAACAACAACAACUUCAAAAAAAUUCUCGUCCUUCAGUUGGUCUUCAACAACAACGCACUUCAGGUAAACCUAUCCUAGGUAAUAUUAGCAAACAACUUCAACAACAAAAACAUGAGUCCGCCCUUCGUGCUGAAGAAAAACGUUUGAUUCGUAUGAAGAAUGCUCUUUGGAGGCGUAUGGGUCCUUCUGUCGGUUGUGUCGGAAAAGGCAACAAACUAGUUUCCCCAAAAACUUUGAAAUGGCAAAAGGAAUGUGAUAUCCUUUGGUUGUUUGGACCCCUUUAUCAACCUGAUAAUGAUCCAUUCAUGGAGGAGGAUGACGACGAAACUUUAGUCGGAAGUCCCCCAGGCACUUGUUGUCCACCAUCUCCCAUUUUUGGUGCCACUUCAUCUCCUCCAUUACCAUUUGAUCUUUCAUCUUCUCCAUCAAGCUCUCCGUCCAUUUAUAUUAAACCGGCUCUGAAGAAACCUGUGGAACAUGAUCCAUUAAAGGACCUCAUUUCCUAUGCUUAUGAAAUGAUGUUGAUUAAUGCCAAAAAUCCUGAUUUCAAUCCACAACCUAUUGAACCUAAACAAAAGAAAAAGACCAUUAGGUUCAGUCGUAAUUUGGAGCAAGUUCAUUAUACUCCUACACAUUAUUCUACCGUACGACCAUCUACACCUCCGAUGCGACGUAGGGUUAAUAGUCCAUUCUCUUUAAAGAUGGAAAAUGAUAUGUUCAGAGAUCAAGGUAUUAACAAGCAUCAUGGAAAUUAUGAUCAAAUGUUUGCUUGGGCAAAAGAACAAGUUAAAUCUACUGGAAAAGUUAAUUUACCUUUUGGUAAAGAUGGUUCUUUUGUUGGUGGUCCUUAUCCAAAUGAUGAUGAUUUCAUUUUACCACCACCAAUGAUCAGACCUACCCCGCGUGGUAUUCCACGUGGUUCUCCUCCAAGAAGGAUGAUGGUACCUCCUCCUAACUAUCCUCAUCAUCCUCAUCAUAACGCUACUAAGCCCCGUAUGAUUCCACGUAGCGGAAUUGAAGUUAAACGUAUGAGUAAUCAACAAAUGAGAGUUCCUGAAAUGAAUGAGUCCGGUGUUGUGGAGAAAUGUGUUAACAUUGCUUCCAAUGUUAAAGAUGUUGUAAGUUGGUGCGGGAAGGGCAACCUUUCCACAAUACCCUUGCCUGAACAUUCUUAUCAUCAUUAUUAUUCUUUGAACAUAUUUUAUGCCAUGGGUACAGUUUUGUAA